AUGGCCUCGAAUCGGCCCUCAAAACCUGGUGUGUAUUUGCACAAUGGACAGAUUCUCCAAGCUCCUCCGCUUUCCGUCCAGAUAAGACGCUUCCUCGAAAACAUCUACUUGUUCUUCGGUCUCUACUUCACGAGCUUCUUCUCGCUUGAUCCGUAUACUGCCGCUGAAAACUCGUCGUUCAAUAUUACUAGAUCCUCGAACCAGUCUAAUAACAAGCCUCGCUGGUCUAGCUCAGGGGGACCUCGAGGAGGAGGAGGAGGAGGUGGUGGUGGUGGUGGCGGCGGCGGCCCUGGCGGUGGUGGUGGAUUUGGAAGUUUCGGAUCAGGCAAAUUCGGCCGGGUGGAUGAUAUCAAUGGCACCUGCAAGACCGGCUGUUGCUGA